AUGGAUAUUAGAAUUCACAUCGAAUGUUUACCACCAUACAGCGCGAUAAUUCUACAACCAUUGGAUGGAUCACUCACCGAACAGAUAUUUGCAGUUUUGAUAUUAGAGUUGUUUAAAAGUCAUCUAUUAGCUGGCUUCUGUUCUGAGGGUUCCCCAAAAGCUGUUAUCUAUCCCUUUGAGAAACGCACAAUAUCUAAAGAGAAACUUCUUCAGCCUGUGUCAACAUCAGACGAUGAUGAAACAGCUGCUGGAGCGAACACAACCGACGAUGUUAUUAACGUCUCACCAACUCUUUGCGCCGACUGUCAUGUCCAAAUACUUCCUCAGCUAGAUUCUUUGGCAGCGUCGCACGAUAUUGCACCUACCACAUGGCUUAACAUUUUUCCAGUAUUCGCAGCGAUUCUCUACGAUGAUAGAACAUUGCAAGCUGCGCAUUUUCCAUGGUUUGAAAAUCUUAAAAUCCAUAUGGAACUCGUAAAAUUUUGGUUUUCAAAGUCCAUGGUAAAAGGUUGGGAUUAUUCAUUUACCCCCAUAAGGGUAAGCGGAUUUAUCGAUUUGGACGCAGUAGGCUAA